AUGUUUAAAAAUACAUUUAUAUCCUUCAUAUUCUUAAUUUUAUUCGUAUCCAGUGCGCAUUCUGUUGAUUAUUCAUAUAAUAAUGCCUUAAACAGUGAUCAAAAUGGUACCAUCGAAGGUCUUCCAUGUCAAACAGACAAAGAGUGUAGCAUUCAAUUAAAUAUUUCUUCAAAUGGAUCUCCUGCGUUGGGUAAUUAUUUAUGUGCGCAAAAUCAAUGUAAAUUUGUUGUUGCCGCCGGCCAACCAUGUUAUGAUGCAUCAGAUUGUGCUGCCUACCACUACUAUAUUAAUAAUAUUUUCGAAAAAUCUCUUGAUAUUGACAUUUUUUGUGAUGCACGUAAUGAAAAGCUCAACUCUCGGUGUGACAAUGUGUGGAAUAAUUCAACUAAUCAUACCUUUAAAGAUCCUCAAAAAUUUUGCGGUGGUAUACCAGUGGGCGAAAAUUGCUCUUUGGUAGCCACAAAUGUUGAUCCAUGUGAUCAAUCUUUGCAAUGUAUUAAUUCAACUGAUAAUGUAAUGAGAUGUGAUAAUAAUAGUUCCAAAUCUAAUUCUGAUAUUCUUAUUGGUGUUAUAAUAUGCUUGGCUGGAAAUAUUAUAUUGAAUAUUGGUUUGAAUGUACAAAAAUUUGCUUUUACAAAAUAUCAAGAGAAAGUUAGCAAAGAUGUAAAUCGAGGAACGGAGGAUAACGAUGCGUCAUUGUCGAAUGAUAAAAAAGAUGUGCCAGGAGAAUCGAGUUUAUCAGCGCCAAGUAAUAGGCCAGCAUCUCCUCAUAGAUGGUAUAAAAAGUUUGAAAAGCUAAUGUUUUGGAAACAGAUUGUAGUGUCUCCGCUCUGGGUAACGGGUCUAUCCAUCUACGUGGGUGGUACGAUGAUGGGUUUCGUGGCAUUAAAAUUUGCUCCUCAAUCUUUGGUAGCACCAUUAGGUGCUAUCUCAUUAAUAACAAAUUUAUUAAUUGCUCCCAUACUUCACAAACAAAAGUUAUCAUAUUCAGACACUAUUGGAGUUAUAAUUAUUGUAGGUGGAUGUGUAUUGAUUACUUUCGUACCGGGUGACACGAUUCAAGAUUACGAUCUAUGCGUACUAAUGUCACUAUUUCAACGUAAAGGCACUAUAAUUUAUUUAUCAAUAAUAGCAUGUUUCGUAGUUUCACUUUAUCUAUUUAUUCGGUUUGUUGAAAAAGCCAAACCUAAAACCGAGCUAAAUGUAUCAAAGAUAAAUUCUAUUUUACCAUCAUCGAAAAAUGAUGAGAAUGAUUUGUCAAUGAGAGAUAAUUCCAAAUUCACUAAUGAUUAUAUGAAUCUAACACAUCAAGAUUCACUCAAACGAAAUAGCUUUUUAAGUUCAACGUCAUACUCUAGUGACUCACACACUCCAAGUCAACACACAGAAUUAGUGCAAGUAUUACAAGAUUCGGAUACAUCAAAUGAAAUUUCAGACACUUCAAAUAAUAAUGAAAACAUAAAAAAAUCAACGACACAACGGAAUUCAAUAACUUCAAUAACUACAAUAACUUCCGUGAAAGAUGUGAAAGAACGAAUCUUGUUACCAAUUGCAUACGCUAUUUUAGCCAGUAGCAUGGCUACCAUGACUACUUUGUUUGCCAAGUCUUUAAUAAAUUUGCUAUCAGAAUCACUAUUUCAAAAUAAUAACCAAUUCACAUAUUUUCCUUCCUGGAUAAUAUUAAUUAUAACUGUGACAACAGCAUUUGGACAAGUGUACUGGCUGAAUAUGGGACUAAAAAAGUAUGAUGCUCUAAUUCAAGUCCCUAUAUUUUUUUGUAAUUGGACUGUUUUUGACAUUAUUGGUGGAGGCAUUUAUUACGAUGAAUUCAGAAGUUACAGCAUUAAAAAAUAUGUAAUGUUCAUCGUAGGAGUGUUGCUUAUUUUCUUGGGUGUCGGGAUAUUAUCCAAACGAUUGGCAAAUUUGUCAAAAGAGGAAGAAGAAUUAAAUAAAAGACAACAGGAGUUGAAAGAGAUGAAGAAAUUCUUUAACGCUAAUUUUCCAAAAAGCGCUGAUGGUCGAGUUUAUCAUGUUGGAAUCAAACGAGGCGAAAUUGCGAAUAGAAUAAUUACUGUGGGUGAUCUAAAUAGAGCAAAAAUAUUUUUAAGAUUGCUGGACUCGGACACACCGAUAUUUCAACGAGAAAGCUAUCGAGGGUUUAUAACAAUCACUGGGAAGUAUAAAGGAGUCCCUAUUAGCAUUGUUGGAAUUGGGAUGGGUUUAUCAAUGAUGGACUUUUUCGUUCGCGAAACCAGAGCGGUAGUAGACGGGACCAUGAUCAUAAUAAGGCUUGGGACAUGUGGUUCUAUUGGUAAAGCUAAUACCGGCGAUAUAGUCAUAUCAGAAGGUUCUUUCGCGGUCACGAGAAAUUACAAUUAUCCAAUUUGUGAGAAUAAGAUAAUUCAAGAUUGUGAAACAAAGACGAAAGAACAGCCGUACAACAUAUCAAAAGUGUUCUAUGGAGACAAGGAGAUUUGCAGUUUGAUUCGAAAACAAUUAAUAAUUUCUGGAAUCCUCGGUAGCCAAAUAGUUCAAGGUCUAAAUGCUACAAGUGAUAGUUUUUAUUCUUCGCAAGGUAGAUAUGACGAAAAUUUCGAGGAUUACAAUAAAGGACUGAUCGAAUCUAUUCGUACUGAAUAUCCGGAAGCGGAAUCAUUUGAAAUGGAAACUUUCAUGCUUUAUUAUUUAGCCAAGUGUAGUACCGAUGUCCCAUAUCGUUCUCAACGCAAAGUUAGUAAUGAAUUAAAAAAAGAGGGAAAACAAAAGACAAAAAUUAGUAACAAUACUUUAACAACCCAAAACGGAUUUAAUUCAAGAAAUAGCAUAAGAGCAGCUGCAGUUACGAUAGUAAUCUCGGAUCGUAACAAAAACGAAAUGAUCGGUCCUGAUAAAAUUAAUUAUUUAGAAAGAACUGUUGGAGAAGCUGUUUUGAAAGGUUUAAUAGAGAUUGAAUUGGAUGAAGAGCAUAUUGGCGAUGAUUGUGUUUGGAAUUUGAAA